GCCUGGGGCCCCGGAUUGAGCCCUCCCCGCCCGGGGUCCCGACGCGCUCGGUCUCGGGGAGGCCCGGACGCGCCCUCGCAGGCCGGGCGGUGAGCGGCGGGCGGCGGGGAGGGGGCUGCAGGGGCGGGGGCGGCCCCUGGCGGCGCGCCCGGCCUCCGGCGUCCGGUCACCGCGUCCCCCCCCGCCCCCCGCCUCGGCCGCAUCAUGGCCCUGAAGGCCGAGGGCGCCGCGCUCGACUGCUUCGAGGUGACGCUCAAAUGCGAGGAAGGGGAGGACGAGGAAGAGGCCAUGGUGGUGGCCGUAAUUCCACGGCCCGAGCCGAUGCUCAGAGUGGCCCAGCAGGAGAAGACCCCACCGCCUAGGCCCAACCUGCUGGAGGCAGGCAGCGAUGGCUGUGAGGAGCCCAAGCAGCAGGUGUCUUGGGAGCAGGAGUUCCUUGUGGGAAACAGCCCUGGAGGCAGCGGGCGGGCACUGUGCAUGGUGUGUGGGUCCGAAAUCCGGUCCCCCUCUGCCGACACGGCGCGCAUGCAUAUCCUGGAGCAGCAUCCUCACACCCUGGACCUGAGCCCUUCAGAGAAAAGCAAUAUCCUGGAGGCCUGGAGUGAGGGAGUGGCCCUUUUGCAAGACAUCAGAGCUGAGCAGCCUUCCUCGCCCACCUCAGACUCAGGCCAGGAUGUCGAAGCUGACCCGGACUCCGACCCAGACCCUGCCAAAAUGCCAGCAGAGAUCGUUGUUCUCCUCGACUCUGAGGACAACCCAUCUCUCCCGAAAAGGAGCCGACCCAGGGGACUCCGCCCCCUCGAGCUUCCUGCUGCCCCUGCCUCAGAGGCAGGAAAUAGGAAGCCCCGUGGUCAGAGAUGGAAGGAGCCCCCUGGAGAAGAACCGGUCAGAAAGAAAAGAGGCAGACCCAUGACCAAAAACUUGGACCUGGACCCAGACCCUGACCCAGACCCCCCAUCACCUGACUCACCCACGGAGACUUUUGCUGCUCCUGCUGAGGUCCGUCACUUCACCGACGGCAGCUUCCCCCCGGGCUUUGUCCUCCAGCUCUUCUCUCACACACAGCUAAGGGCCUCAGACAGCAAGGACUCACCCAGAGAAGGGGUCGCUGCAGAAGGAGGCCUUCCCCAGCCAGAAAGCCCCUCUCCAGGCGUCAGCUCUUCACGUAGAUCACGGUCUUAACUGUCUCAAGUUUCAGCUUGAGCCACAUUCCAGUCCUGCCUCCCCGAGACUGUGUGCUCUGCUUGGACUUGAGCGUUCCCUGAGCUUCCUCGUUCUCUUCGGUGGAUCACUGCUUUAAAUGGCUGACUGCUUCCACUGUUUAAUGGGUCUUCUGGUUUCAUUCACGAAAGGGAGCCUUCAUUUUGAAACCUGGGAUACCCUGUGCCCCAAUUCACCUGUCUGGAGUGGUGAGUAGCUGAGAAGGGAGUCCCUGAGACCUCACAUUCCUUUGGGGUGCGUGGGCAAAGUCUGAGGCCUUGGGAUACAUGAAUAUAAUUGACAUGAGAGGGUUUUUCUCAGCAGGUGGCAGAAUCUAGGGAGGUUGGAGGUGGCGGGAACACACAGUGGACGCUGUGUACGUGUUCCUGCCUGUAGCCAGGCUGGGCCCUCAGGGGAGUACUAUGGAAAAUAACAUGAGUGAGGACAGAGUUUCUCUGUCCCCAAGAAAUUUACUGUCUGUUUGAAGGUACAGGUUGGAGGAGUGACGCAGCCACUGUAGUUCUUGCAGAGCAAAGGCUUCCAGAGCGGUGGCCACAGACUGGGGAUCCCAAAGCUUGGGCAGAUUUCUCAAAACCCUGUGAGGCUUCAACCAGAAUGUCUUCAUGUUGAGUUGCUUUUUGUAUUGAAGUACUUAAAAGAUUUUGAGUAAAAGAUUCUAAUUCUGUCAGUUUAAAAAAGUUUAAAAGUCAAGGAUUUAGAAAUUGGUGAGGUCACUACGGUGAGGUCAGCUGGAGCUGAUGGAUCACAGUGUGAAGCAGAGGAGACUUUCUGGAGCUUUCCAAAGGGCUUUGCAGGAAGAGGGAGGGGAAGUGUCCAAGCCAGAGAGAAGGUAAGCCUUGAGGACCCCACUCACAAAUUGUAAGAAAAAGCCUCUUUGUCUUGCUAGUAUUUGAUUUGAGUAAGAUCUAGAGACCUGGCUUUUAAAAGAUACUUCGGCCAGGUCCGGUAUGUUUCCAGGCUGGACCAAGGAAAAGGUGUGUGUGUGUGUGUGUGUGUGUGUGUGUGUGUGUGUGUGUGUACGUGCGCGCACGUGUAUGCAUGCGGGAACCUGUGCACAUGAGUGUGAGCAUGUGUGAAUUUCACAAGGGACAGGGUCUUUGUUCUAUUUGCUGCUAUAUCCUCAGUACUUGGUAUCAUACCUGGCACAAAGAAAGCUCUCAGUAAAGCUUUAUUGAAAUAGUGGGUAGUGGCUGCCUUCACCGUCAUUUGGUGGUAACAUUUUCAGAGUCCCCGAGCAGAAACAAGCCUUAAUGAGAAACAGGAGAAAAGGACUCAGGCCCACCCUCUGGAGAAGGUGUGUUCGUGGACACACACAUGCACAAAUGUAGAGGAGAGAGGAACAGAGCUGGGGAAGCAGAGGGGUUUGGGCUUCCCAGGAGGGAGGAGGGCCAGCCCUGGGUUUGGAGUGCAGAUGGGGCUCAGCUUGUCCCUGGGCUGAUAGGUUCUUCUGGCUUGCUCUUUCAUGGCCCUGGGGCUUUGAUCAUGCAUGCUUUGUGGAAGGGCAUCACAAGUCAGGCCUCACUCUCCUGAGGCUCCCCUCCACACCCACCCUCACCUCUGCCCUCUAUGCUACUGGUACUUAAUCCUGUUGCUUUGAGAAGUCCUGAAAUUCAUGAGCUCUUACCAUGUGCCAAACUCUUAACAUCUUUGUGUAAUCUGUCUCCUUAAAUUCCCACAACCACCAUACACAGUAUUUGGGGAAGAGGACACAGCCUUGGGGAGGCAAGGCAUUCUCAGGGCCCCUCACCUAGUAAGCGACAGCAUGUGUGCAUUUCCACCUGUGUCCUUCUCCCCUGCAGCAUCCAAGCCACAUCCUCUGCCUUCUCAUUGCUGCUGGAGCUAAACCCCGCUAGCAAAGCUUGGCCCCCUGGGCCUCUCACUAGACCCCAGCUGUCUGCCUUGCUAGCCACCAUUUCCUCUGUCCUCUGCUCUCUGUCCGGUUUUCCCUCUCCUGUAGAUUGCAUCCGGCAGCCGAUGCAAGCUGAGAUUUCCCCCUGGCCCCCUCAUCCCUCGCUAGCCACUGUCCCAUUUGUCGCCAAACUUUUUCAGCAAGGCUGGGGACUAUUUUCUGCACUAACCAGCCCUCGUCUCUCUGGGAGCCGCUUCAGCCCAGUUCCCAUCUUCCAGCCUCAUGCUGACGUGGCUUUUCCAACAAGGUCACCAUUGACUUGUCUAAAAUGAAAAUCCAGUGGUCGAUUCUUAGUCCAUGCCCUUCCCGAUGUGACAAAACAGUGACCCCAGCUCUCAGCCUUUCCCAGAGCCACUUGCCAUCUGUGGGCUUCCCAGGCAACCUUCUGGGUUUUCCUCUAGCCUCACUGGCUGUUCCACUUCUCUUUCACACAUGGCUCCCUGAGUCGGAUCUGCUGGUUAUCUUUCCUCCUCUUUUUCGAAUGUAAGCUGUUUCAGGUCAGGAUAUGUGUCUGUUUCAUUUCCUGUGAUGCACCCGGCAGACGAUCUAUGUGCUGCCCACGUGUCUGGUGCGUGAGUGGUUAAGUGAGUGACCGGAUACCAGAUACCUCAACCAGCAGGGCCUUCCUCACUCCCAAAGCGAUCCAGCCCCAAGUUCAUCUACUCCCAGCUCCCAGCCAGAUCUGCCGAUUCCAGCCUCUCUUCCAGAUGCCCAUGUGACAGGUCUGUGAUUGUAAGAUCUGUCACACUGAACACCCCCACUCCCACCCCCGCCCCCAGCCACAUUCCUCUUCCCAGCCUCCUCUCCCCUCUUGCAUUCUACACUUUGCUCAGGCUUAAUCCUGGCGUCAUCCUCUUCUGUUUCUCAGACUCCACAAGAACCUCCCGCAUAUCCUGUUAGCCCCACCUCCAAAAUCCAUUCAGAAUUCAUCCUCCUGUCCGCCCCCCCCCCCCCCCCAGGCUGCCCUGGUCCCAGCCAUCUCUUGCCUGGUUCCUUUAACAGUCCUCUCCCUGGGCUCCUGGCCUCUGGUCUUUGCCCGCUAUGGUCUCCUCUCCUACGGUACAGGGUCCCCAGUGCAAACCAAGUUGGGCGCCGUCACUGCUAUUCCUGUUACACUCCAGAAAAGAAGCCAGAGUCCUCCUGGUGACUAGUGAUGUUCUCCCCAGGAUCCCACUUCUACCCUAUCCCACCCACUGCAUAGGUACUGGCCUGCUGUGAAAGAUCCUUCACAAAACAGACAUCAGGACAGUUGCAGUUACCAUGUCCGGUUCUGAUUUCCAUGUAAAGUACUUUUGCGCAUUCCCAUGUGGUAGGGGAUGCUUUCAUGGCUGCGCAGUCGCUGUGGGGGUCUGCUCUCCCCUCCUUGGGGUCCUGGCUUUGCUUAUUUGGAACAGCUCCUCCCCACAGUUAUGGUAAACAUCUGAUCUCCCCAUGUGGUGGGUCCCGAUGGGAGGUGAAGGGCCUGGUGGGGCUCGCAGAGCAGAGCUGGGACUCUAACCCAGGACUGGCCAUCAGGUUUUCUCUCCUUUCCCUCUGUAUCCAUUUGUGAGCCCCGUAGUGGGCAGAGCCAUCUUCUUUUUGGGGUGUUCCCCACCCCCACCACCUCUGCCCACAGAGGCUGGAGUGUCCAGUGAGUUUUAGAUGAAGUGGAGUGAGCUGAAGUUACAUAAGAGGUGAGCAUACAGCAGUGAGCAUGUGUGUACCAAAACACAUGGGGGAGGAAGCCAACAGGGUGUGCCCGACUUCUACCUAAGAAGCAAGGAUCUCUCUUUUGGUUUGUUGGGGUCCUUGGAUGAACCAAGAGUGGAGCUUCCCGCUGUCCCUUGGGCAUACCAGGCCCUGGACUGUGGAAAGGAAGAGCUAGAAAUGGUGGUGCAGAAGUCUUCAGUGGCCAUUCUCGGGAUGGGGGUCCAAAGGGCCCUGACUUUUGCUCUCUGCUCCCAUCCCUGCCCAGCUCCCCCUCCGGGGCUUCGCGGGACGCUGGAUCUCCAGGUUAUCCGCGUACGGAUGGAGGAGCCCCCGGCAGUCAGCCUCCUGCAAGAUUGGUCCAAGCACCCCCAGGGCACCAAGAGUGUGGGAGGAGGUGAC